CCUAUAAAAGCUGUGGAUGGGACGACGGAGCUUAGACUCUGGACCUGGACUGUAGAAUGGCACAGAACGGAACGGCAGAGAGUGGAGCGACGGAGGAGAGGCCAGCUUUGCCUUUACCCCGACCUGUCACAGUCCAGGAGAUCAGACACACCAAGAUGUUCAUCGACAAUGAGUGGCGCACAUCCAGCAGAGGGAGAACAUUUCCAACCUUCAACCCAGCGACAGGUGUCAAAAUCUGCGAUGUCCAAGAGGCAGACAAAGAGGACGUGGACCAGGCGGUGGCGGCGGCCAGAGCGGCCCAGCAGAGAGGCUCUCCGUGGCGGGGGAUGGACUCUUCCAGCCGGGGGAGGCUGCUGCACAGACUGGCCGACCUACUGGAGAGGGACCGGCUCCUGCUGGCGACUCUGGAGACUCUGGACACAGGCAAGCCGUUCCUGCAGUCUUUCUUCGUUGACCUGGAAGGCAGCAUCAAAACCCUGCGUUACUAUGCGGGCUGGGCUGACAAGAUUCAUGGCAAGAGUAUGCCUAUAGAUGAAAGCUUCAUGUGUAUAACCAAACAUGAGCCUGUUGGUGUGUGUGGAGCCAUCAUUCCGUGGAACUUUCCUCUGCUGAUGUUCAUGUGGAAGAUAGCACCAGCCCUGAGUUGUGGAAACACUGUGGUCAUUAAGCCAGCAGAGCAGACCCCCCUCACAGCCCUCCAUGUUGGAUCACUCAUCAAAGAGGCCGAGUUCCCUCCUGGAGUAGUGAACAUCGUUCCAGGGUUUGGUUCCACAGCAGGAGCAGCCAUUGCCAGUCACAAGGACAUUGACAAAGUGGCCUUCACUGGCUCGACAGAGGUGGGCCAGCUGAUCACAGAAGCAGCAGCCAAAAGUAAUUUGAAGAGAGUGACUUUGGAGCUGGGAGGCAAGAACCCUUGCAUUGUCUUUGCUGACUGUGACCUACAGAUGGCUGUGGAGGAAAUCCAGAAAGGAGCUUUUUAUAACCAGGGUCAGUGCUGCACAGCUGCAUCACGUGUGUUUGUGGAAGAAACUAUUUAUGAAGAGUUUGUGCAUCGCAGCAUAGAAAAUGCUAAGAAGAUUGUUAUAGGAGACCCAUUGGACCCCCAGACAUCACAUGGACCACAGAUCGUCCAGUGUGCCUCACUGCUACCUGUUGAUUCUACUCACCUGUGCUCCAGUUGUCUUCAUGUUCAGCCAACUCACCUUCUUCAGACACAUCACCCCUCCUACAGCCAAUCACCUUCAGCCAACACUGAGCAACCUCUGCUUCCGUUUAAGGACUGUUCAUUUAACAAAUCCACCUUCUCUACCACUACUUUAAGUGUUCUGCUUCUGGGUUCAAACAAAAACCCAAACCUCACAGAACAAUCUGGCUACCUUGGACCUAAUAAAAAUCUAAACAAAUCCAGCAGCAUGAAACAGCUCUGCAGCAGACAAUGGAAGUCCUGUAUUGACUUACUGCCAGUGCUCAAUGCACACUCAGUGGAUGCAAGGACAAUUUGGCCACCCAACUCACCUCCUUUACGUCCAUCUCCAGUGGACCUUCAUCUUCCUCUCCAGCUGCAAUGCAGGUCUCCACCUCCAGUUUUUCCCCCAAUUGCCCUUCAUCCCCACUCCUGCAAGGUAGUCAGGUGACAUAUAGACAUGUACUCAGUGCAGCCUUGCUUUUGACCACCUGCCCCAAACCUACCCUACUGAUAAGUUUUAAAUAGCCUUUAUUAUGGGUUUACUAUCUGGUAAAACCUUUGCAUGGCAGUAGCCAUAUCUACCAGAAACACCUUCACUAAACAGUCUCCAGAGUCAUUCAGUGAGAUGUAUAAAAUAUUUGAUCAUCCAGUUCAAGGUAAGGAAGUUGCUAAACAGCUCCUUUCACUCCACCAAUGCUCCAUCUUUGUUACUCAGUAUGCAAUCGAUUGCAACUAUCAGUGGCUGGGAUGAGGUGGCUCUCCAGGACACAUUUGUUCCUCUCUAGACAAAGUAAUUUUUCUGGCUAUUCAUCUAGGCAACAGGUUACGAGAGAGACAUCGGAAGAGGUAGUCCCACCCACACACCCUAACCCUCCCCAAGGCAUCCCCGCAGUCCGAAGAACUCCAACUCCCAGAUACCUUUUCUCCUUUCUUGUUUCUGUGAUGCCAUUCCCCCCUCCCUCCAGGACAUAAAUGCAGCUGGGAAGGAUGAGGCUGAUCCCAGUGAAGUGUCAAAGGAAGGUUUGCCAGAACUCUGUAUCUACCUUGGACUUCAAGGUCACUUCAUUGUGAAAUGUUUCUCUACGCCAAAAGACCAGACUCAUCAGCUACCAGGAGGGACACUGAUGAGCCUGAGAUCAGGUCAACUAACUGUCUCCCUGUACAAGUUCUUAUUGACUCAGGUGCUGAUGACAGUUUCACUGACCAAAACUUAGUUUCCCAAAGAGACUGGUCCACCUCCUCUAUAGGUAAUUAGAGUAUCUUUUGUCACUCUCACUGUUUGCACUUUACCAUACCCUCUAGUCUCUAGACUUUUCUGACACUCCUCUGAAUGUAGAUCUCACCUGUGUACUUUCUGACUACCUUGACCUUAGCACUGUUUUUAGUAAAAACCUGGCACUAUCACUUCUACGUCACGACCAUGUGGCUAUGUUAUAAACCUGCUCCCUGGCACCCCCCUGCCCUCUUCACAAUCUAGCUAAACCUGAAAGAAAAGCAAUUUAAAAAAUACUCAUCCGUCCUUCCUCCUCUCGAGUUGUAGCAGGCUUUUUCUAUGUGGAUAAGACCCUUUGCAAUAGCAUAGACUACGGACAUUUAAAUUAAAUUAUAUUACCACUAAAAACAAAUAUCCCCUCCCCCUAAUAGGUCCUGCAUUCAGCUUGCUUCAGUAGGCUGCCAUCUUCACAAAGUUGGACCUCAGGAACACCUACCAGCUUUUUCAAUUUAGGGAGGGGGCAAGUGAAAGACACUGUUCAACACACAUCUGGGUCAGUCUGAGUACCCAGUCAGGCCUUUUGGUCUCACAAAUGCCCAUUUAACGAAAUACUUCAGGAAUGCUUAGGAGCAAGUUCAGCAUGCCCAGUUUUUGUUACGAAGACUAUUGGAGAAAAGACCAUAUGUUAAAGUGAAGAAAUGUGAGUUCCACAUUUCUCACGAUGGAGCGCGCACACUGAUGCGACAGCACAGACCACUCUGCUUGACUCCUAACAUGUCCUAUCUAAGUUUGUUAUAUGUAGUGUUAAGUACGUGUUUUAUGUAUUUUUCACUCUAUUGACAAACAUGGCCAAGUUGCUUAAAGUGAUCAUCACUCUGCUCGUAAUUCUAUGGGUAGUUUGCGAUGGCCUCGCACUUCAAGUCAGCACUGGCAACAGGUUACUCACCCACAGCCGCGAUGAGCUUCUGCUACUCCGGACCUCAAGGCUGUGUAAAACCAAGUCUGCCGUGAUUUGCCACUGGAGCUUUGGCCGAUGGCUUUCAGGGACAUUUAAAUCAUUUGUGUCAUUGGUCUCUGAUGCCGAGGUCAGCCUGGACAACUUCACCCUCAUCAGGUCUGACAGAACUAGACACGGUGGGAAGAAGUGGGGUGGCGGAGUCUGUCUUUACAUCAACAACAUAUGGUGUAACAACGUCAAAGUGCAUCAUAAGAUGUCCUCCACAGUGGUUGGAGGAUGCUAUCGCACAUCUCCAAGGUUCCCUGGCAUGCACUGACUGGAGUACUUUUGUUGGUGAUCUGAAUGAUAGAGGUUCUGUCAUUUUGGAUUACAUCAAUUUUUGCAUAAGCACAAGUAUUCCUGUUAAAACACUAAAAAAUAUCCAAACUCCAAACCUUGGAUAACACAACAAAUUACACAGAGCCUAAAAGAGAAACACACAACGCCUUUGGCUCAAGGACUUGGAAAGCCUAAAAUUAACAAACAGGAAAACAAAAAAUGUGGUUUUUGAGCCAAAAAUUAGAUUCAAGGAUAAGAUGGAGUUCGAAUUUGCCAACAUGAGCCCCAAGGAGGCAUUUCAAAGGGUCCAAAUCCUUACUGGAAAUGAACCCAAACACAACACCUAUGCCAUACCGGACCCAGAAUCCUUUGCAAAAGAACUGAACACAUUUUUUGCCCAGUUUGACACACAGGAUCACAGAGCUGAGUGUAAAGCUCUACUGGAAGCCCUUUCUCUUCCAAAAGUGGCCGAGUCAGCUCCCUUCUCAGAAGAGGAUAUACGCCGCCAGCUGAGCCGAUGCAAGUUGGGCAAGGCCCCGGGGCCUGACGGCAUCCUAGCAAGGGUGCUGAAAGACUGUGCCCAUGAACUCUCCCCAGUGCUUCACUCACUCUUCUGUGAAUCCUACUGGACCACAACCAUAGCUACCCUCUAGAAAACCGUCACCAUAUUACCUGUACCCAAAAAACCUCUGCCAACUGAAAUCCAUCAUUAUCGUCCUGUCGCCCUCACUUCCAUAAUAAUGAAGCACCUGGAGAAGCUGCUUCUUAAUGCCAUCCUGCUAGUCACAACCCCAAAGCUUGACCCUCUUCAGUUUGCCUUUAAGGCCAUAACUGGCACAAAGGAUGGGGUUGCCCGUCUGCUGCAUAUCACCCUUCAGCAUGUGGACUCUCCAGGUCACUGGACAAGAAUCCUCUUUGUGAACUUCAGUUCAGCUUUCAAUACUAUCCAAAAGUAUAGUAUAGUAUAUGAUGAUCCAGAAGUUACACCAGCUUAACAUCCCCUUGCAUCUCAUUCAACUCAUCCACAUCUUCCUCAGUGACAGGUUGCAGGCGGUACGGGUGGUCACAACCAUGUCAUCAGCCAUCACCAUCAACACUGGAGCACCAUAAGGCUGUGUUCUCAGCCAGUUCCUCUACACACAUUACACCGAUGACCGCACGAGCCCAUCACCCUCUACCAUAUAUCUCAACAACUCGGAUGAUACAACCAUACUUUCACUGCUUACAGACAAUAACUCUGUCCAGGACAAAAGCAUUUCCCACUUCACUCAUUGGUGUAAUGAUAACCAUCUCCAUCUCAGUGUCAAGAAGACAAAGUAACUGAUCAUCGCCGAGCAGUUAAUUAUUGAGAUAAAUGCCUCUCAUGCCUCAGUGGGGACUGUCCUUUCUCAACAUUCCUCUGGUGACCAUAAGUUCCAUCCCUGCGCCUUUUUCUCUCGGUGGUUGUCACCAGCUGGAAGAAGCUGCAGCACUGGGGACAGAGGCUUAUUAGUUUUGGUCCUGGCCCUCCAGGAAUGAUAAAAUUGGCUGGAGGGCUCUACUCAUCCCUUCAUUUUCUGAACCGACUACAAAAACCUUUCUUACCUCAGAACAGCUUACAAACUUGAUCCUCACCAGGCUUGAUGGGCUUUGUUCCUGGGGAGAUUCAACUUCACCCCUACCUCCCACCCUGGAACCAGAAACAUCAAGCCUAUUGUCCUCUCUUGCUAGUUUGCACUACUGAGGACUCCACCCUAGAAACAUCCCCCCUCUACGACCUGUUCCUGAUCUUUAGUCGGCUCUUGUUGUGUCACUGCUUGUCAUACUGCCUCUUGGUCCGUCCACCUGCCUUGGAUAGAAUAUGCUCAUAACUCCCUCGUCAGCUCCGCUACAGGUAUGGCAUCAUCAACCUGCCCAUCGAAUCUGCCGAAGCAGUUCGGGUGGCACUCACUGGAACUGCUGCCAAAAAUCAACAGCUUGCGGGUUGUCGCUGUACCCUAGCUCCUGUAUACCAACCUGGACACCAACCAGACCUUUGGCUCCGUAACAGAGACCUUCCACUGCACAUGGACUCUAUAAGCUAGCUCCUAGAUACAUCGGUCCAUAUGAAAUAGAAAAGGUUAUUUACCACCCUGUAGUGAGACUCAAACUCCCUCCUGCUUUUAAUGUUCAUAAUGUAUUUCUUGUAUCUCUGCUUAAACUUGUUCCCACCAGUGCUCUGAGCUCUCUGGAUGAACCCCCUGCCCGUCUCAUGUGUUGUUGAUCCUCCUGUGUGCUUCACUGCCAGCUACUGAUUGUACUCACCUGUACUCCAGCCUUCUGUGUGUUCAAUCAGCUCAGACUCACCACACCAGCCAAACAUCUCCAGCCAGCGACCCCCUGGCCACCUCUACUCCUCUGUAAAUUCUGUAUAUUUAAUAAAUCCACAUUUUCUUCCACAA